AUGGCAAGCGAUCCCGCACGUCUUCGAGACCUCGCGUCUUUCGUGGACCGCAAAAUAAAAUCUCUCAUCAACAAUGAUCUGAAGGAGAUCUGCCGUCAAGAGGGUCUGCAGGUGUCUGGUGUGAAAGCCGCUCUGCAGAAGCGCAUUUCUGAAGUCAUCGCACAUCACCUCCGCAAGAACGACCUACAAGCACUUGAGCGAUUACGCUACCGAGCCGAGCACCAAGGCCGCGACCCUCCAGCACAAAGUCAUCAACCUUCACUGGCCCGCGAUACCAAUACACCCAUUUCCCCAGCCCCACACACUACCGCCGGCAUGCCUGCCUACCCAAGGCCUGCUGGCUUGCCUCAGUAUCAUCAGGCGCCGGCGGCGCGCGCAGCCGUGCCCUCUCGUGCCUCGGUCAAGUUCAGAGAAAGUCCCUUCUAUCAGAUCAGAGAAGCUCUCACCCCUACGAAGGAAUUGUCAGAAAUGCCACACAAUCGUCACUCUCUAGACGAAAAGGUCUAUCUUAGCGAACCCAUUUGCACAUCUCUGAAAGCCGAUCCGUCUCUGCGCAUUAUGCUUUACUGCGCAACUACCUCGACUCUAGGUCCUUAUGCCUUCAACGUUGACAUUGCCUUCCCGAGUCAGAUCGAGGUCAAGAUCAACGGAGACGAAGUCCGCAAGAGCUUCAAGGGCUUGAAGAACAAGCCUGGUACCACCAAACCUGUCGACAUUACCGAUCUCAUCCGCAAGGUUCCCAACUAUCAGAAUAUCAUCCACGUGACUUAUGCGCUCACGAAGGAACGCUUUUCUCUUAUGGUCAACCUCGUCAAGGUGACAUCUGCAAUGGACCUUGCAACCCGUCUUCAGCAAACGGGGAGCAGGAUUCCCAAAGACACUGUUCUUCGAGAAAUGGCUGCCAAGGCACAAGACCCAGACAUCGUGGCCACUUCCACCGUCAUGUCUCUCAAGGACCCCAUCUCGACGAUGCGCAUCAAUAUUCCUUGCAGGUCCAAUGUUUGCUCGCACAACCAAUGCUUUGAUGGCUCGUACUUCUUGCAACUCCAGGAACAGGCGCCAACUUGGACUUGCCCCGUCUGUAACAAGACCCUCUCCUACCAGAGCCUCUGUGUCGACAAUUAUGUACAAGACAUUCUACAGAACACCUCCAGUUCUGUAGACCAAGUUACGAUCGAGCCUGACGGAAAGUGGAAAGCAGUUGACCAUGGAGACGACAGCAACAACCGUCAGAAGACACAGGCGCGGGCAGCUUACGACAACGACAGUGACGAUGACAUUAUCGAGAUCCAGGACACGCCCAAGAAGUCUGAUGGAGUGGAGAAGAUCAAGACUGAGCACAACUCGGCUACUCCAGCUCUCGCACAACAAACACCUCCGGUCUCACGUGAAACAUCGACAAUCGCACCUCGACCCAGCGCCAAGCGCCCUUCCACAGCAGUCAUUGAUUUGACCCUAUCGGACGAUGAGGAUGAACCCCCACGGCCAGCUAAACGCACCAACACGAGUCAGAACACUUCCUCUAACACUCCGGCGAGUCUUCAAGAUGGCAGGUUUGCUGACUUGGCCAACAGACCGUCUAGUGUAGUAGGAUCUGGCUUACCACCAAUGAAUCCUGGCGACACUCUUGCACUACCACCAAUCAAAGCACCUCAACCGAAUGGAGGAUUACCACAAGAUCAACGAUUACCUUGGCCGUUUGGGGCACCAACCUGGUCCGGCCCCUAUAGAGAUUCGCAAAGCUACAGCAACAGCCCAUCUAGGAGCUGA